GCUUGUUAUAAGGGCGGACAGCCUCGUCCCUUCAACAGCAUCGGCGUUAGCGGCGCAGGAGGGAGGAGAGAGGCACGACCUUUCAGACUUUUCGGUCUGGGUGUGGCCAAGCUUGGCGCAGGGGUGGACGGGAGAGCGGCCAAAAGGAGUCGAGUGGUCAUUUUGGCCAGUGGAUGACAAUGACGGCGUCGUACAUCGCGGCGGCUACCAGAGCCGCCGCUUCUGGGCUCUGUACCUCUGCGGCUGUUUGUGUGACUGGUCGCGAGGGUGCCAAUAGCGGCGGUUGGUUUGAAGGUUGGGCUAGGAGGCGAGGUGGAGGGGGAGGGGGAGGAGGUCACGUCUCUGCGUUUUUUCUGUCCCCGGCGACGAAGACGAAAAGGUGGAGCGAUGGUGGAAGGAAUGGCGGCGGCGAGGGCGAGAGGCUUGGAUACUGCAACGACAACGGUGCUUUCCUACGCUACCCAGAUGCUGCCACGUCGGAUCGAGAUGAUUAUUCGACUCUUGGGACGUGUCAGAUUUCAUCGGCCAUUGGUUGGGGACUAAGGACGAGCUCGAACACGAGAUCCAGACCAAGAAAGGUGAGUCGCCACAGCCGGCAGUUGUCCAACAGCAGCAACUAUUUUGCAGGAAUCGCCACGUCUACCAUUCCCGCGUUGUCCUCAUCCUCGAUUGGCGGGUCGACUGCUGCGGAAUCGCCAAUAGUCGUUGAUCCCGUAGAGGAGCUUCAUCGGCCGUUGGAUCACGUGUUCGAGGCCCAGCAGUUCGACAGAGAAUUACUAAUGAAGCUGUUCGAUCUGACGAGGCAAAUGGAGAAGAUUACGCCCAAUUCUUCAGGCUCUCGAAUGCUCGAAGGCUUUAUAAUGGCGACUUUAUUUUAUGAACCAUCAACUCGGACGAGGCUAUCUUUCGAGUCAGCGAUGAAGCGCCUCGGGGGGAAUGUGCUGACGACGGAAAAUGCGCGUGAAUUCUCUUCGGCGGCAAAAGGGGAGACGCUCGAAGAUACAAUAAGAACGGUGGAAACUUACUCAGACAUCAUAGUGCUUCGCCAUUUUGAGAGUGGGGCUGCGAAGAGGGCAGCGGCUGUCUCCAGUGUUCCCCUGAUCAAUGCAGGAGAUGGCCCUGGUCAGCACCCCACCCAGGCACUAUUGGAUGUAUAUACUAUUCAGCGGGAGAUAGGGCGUCUGGACAACAUCAAGGUUGGUCUGGUGGGAGAUCUCGCAAAUGGCCGCACAGUGCGGUCGCUGGCUUAUCUUCUUUCCAAGUUCGACAAUGUUCAAAUGUAUUUCAUCGCACCGGAGGUGGCUAGAAUGAAGGAUGACAUUAAGGAACACUUGACUGCAAAUGGGGUUCAGUGGGAGGAGACUGGAGACUUGAUGGACGUGGCUUCGAAGGUGGAUGUCAUAUACCAGACUCGGAUACAGAGGGAGCGGUUCGCUGACCGAGUUGAGGAGUAUGAUCAGGCAAGGGGAAAGUACAUUGUAGAUAAGAAGACCAUGGAGGUCUUGCCGGAGCGCGGCAUUGUCAUGCACCCCCUUCCACGAUUGGACGAGAUCACAGAGGAGGUUGAUACAGAUCCACGAGCUGCUUAUUUUCGUCAAGCUAGAAAUGGGUUGCAUAUACGAAUGGCCUUACUUAAGCUGCUAUUGCUGGGGUGGUAAUGAAUUGUGACCGAGAGUGUGUCAUCCGUCUAUAAUGUUGUGUCCUUCAUUUUGGGGUGGUAAUGAAUUGUGCCCCGAGAGUGUGUCAUCCGUCUAUAAUGUUGUUCAUUUCAUUCUUGGCACGCGUGACGAUUCCUCAUUUGUUUAGGUUUCUGUGACUUUCUGAGCUUCGUUUCAGUUUUUUUUUUUUUUUUUCCCCUGUUGCCUCGGACAGGCGGAGAGGUGGUGUUAGUGUGUAUAGAUCAGUCAAACUUGCUUCCUUUCUUUUCUUUGAAUAUCUCCACUUCUUUUUCUUUUUGUUUCGGUAAUGGAUAGUCAAUGAGCACUUUUUUUUCUUUUGUUUUUUGGGAACUAACCACCGCUGCCUCUGAGCCUCUUUUUUCCUGCGCUGGAUGUGCGCCAAGUUCUGAACAAAAUGGUGCGGUGCUUGUUAUUUCGUUUUUUUGUUUGGCUGGUGCUGCCAGCCAAAGAGGUCUGGGAGGCUGAACCCCCGAAGAAUGCGGUUUGUGAUAAAAAUCCGUCGGCCUCUUACGUGAGAAAGGUAAACUUCAAAGAUGAUUUGGCUUGUGUCUUUCCGCCUGUCUGAGGGAACCCUCGAUGUCCAUUCAACAACCAGAGGAGUGCUGAUGAAAUGGUCAGCUUUGUGAAAAUACUCUUCAUGAGCAGCCAGCAGUUUUAAUCUGGACAGCCAUAUCAUUUCAGUUGUUAUUAGUUAGGGGUAAUUUUGAUCUGUACAGCCAUAUCACGGAUGAUAGUCUACGGAAUAUUUCACAACGGUAUGUCAUGCGUACAGCCUGGAUUGUUAUUGGGGCGCUCUUGGUCGUUUCUCUCUGAUCGGUAUUCCUCUCUCUAGAGUCUCUUCGGUCUUGUGUGCCAAAGCUUUGAUAUAUUUCCAAUAUUCCACUGACCCCCGAGCAUGGGUCCUUUCGUUACUAGUCAGUUUAGAGCCUACUCACACUAGAGCUUUCUUGCCUGAAUACGGUAGUGAUUACAGGAAUGCCAACUGACUUUCUGACAUUCGUGCUUGUUGUGUCUUUUCCAUCUGUUUGUUUCGUUCUGCUGGGCUCAUUCUAUGGGUCUGUAGUUUCUGUACUGAAUGCACUUCGCUCUCUUUUUCUCUCUGUACGCCUUUGUUUCUCUCUGUCACUCUCUCUCUCUCUCUCUCUCUCUCUCUCUCUCUCUCUCUCUCUCUCUCUCUCUCUCUCUCUCUCUCUCUCUCUCUCUCUCUCUCUCUCUCUCUCUCUCUGUUUUUCUCUUUUUCUGCCGCGCUAUACCUCUCACCCCCAUCCCGGAGGGAGAGCGGAGUUUCCAGCAGAUGAUAUUCCCACUCUAGGAAGAUUCUCAUGCCCGGCCGGCUGGGCACCUGGGCGUGGGGGGGUCUGACGCCCAGGGUACCCAGGCACGCAAACAAUGUAUAUAUAUUUGGUUCUCUGCGCUCUCCCAGAGGACCCCAAAUACGGGCUCGUUUCUUUUUCUGCGAGUUGGCUGUCAGGGGGGUAUAAAUUGGUUUGAAAAUUGAAAGGGGCUACAGGGGUUUAAAGGAGGGUGCCUUAGUGUGAUUCUGUUAUGUUCUUUUUUAUC